AUGGCUGCGCCCGUCGGAGUAAACAUGUUUGGUGUUUGUAUGGUUUUAAUUUGUGCGAUUUUCAUCGCCUCAGCAUUCGUAAAUGAUGAAUUUGAAGGCCUCCAGUGGAUGCCAGUUGAGCAUUCUUUUGACUCUGGUGCAGAUGUUUCAUUCUCUAAGAGAGGUAAUAUCGUGAUCCGUUCAUUUAAAAUGAACAAAGCUCAAUUCUUCCCUGCAUCUCCAUUGACAGCAGAAGAGAAAAGGAAAUUGAAGAAUGCUGCCAAACUUGAAGACCUGUACUUGCUGAAAAUUCCAGUGAGGCCAGUCUCCGUCAAUUCUGAAAUGGAAUCGGCCCACCAUGUCGUAACUUUUGUCCUAGCGUGCCAACUUUAUGAGUCUGGAUUAUCGGACCACAUCACCUUGAAUGUUGACCCGUCUGGAGAAGUAAUUAGCGUGUCACUGUCAACCAGUACAGGGCAGUGUACAGGCAACACUAUGCCCGACGAGGCUAUUUCUUCUUGGAAUACAACUGUGGAGAUUAUACAGACUGUCCCAGGCCCUGUGCCUGAGACACAGCUGUAUAUUGAUAAACUGAAACGUGAGGAGCAUGACAAACAAAAGGGACAACAAGGAGACAACAGAUCCUUUUUUGCCAAAUAUUGGAUGUACAUUGUGCCGUCAGUUAUUCUGCUAAUGUUGGCCUCAAAUGCUGAUCCCCAAGCUGCUGCAGGAGGAGUUAAUGAGACACUUGUGAAAACUGCAGCUCAACAUCAAAACUCAAUUUUCCUAAUGACUGUUGCAGUUUUUGGUUUUCUUUUUUUCUCUCUCUCACUCACUUUACAUCAGACAUUCUUACUCUUAGUUGGGCUCCAAUAA